AUGGUUAUUGUGAACCGCCCACGGGAGACGGGCGAUACCUAUUCACAUCCCCUUGGAGGCAUUGGGUUUGUGGAUGCGUACCGAAGUAUUUGCCGCUCUGCGCGGAAGCGUGUUCUCGGGACGGACACGGAUACUUUUGCGCCUGGCGGCACGGCCGUGUUGAUUCUUGCGACGCCUGCCGUAGAUUCACUUGCGUCGGUACGCAUAUUUACACGCUUGCUUGCCGAAGACGAAAUUGCGUUUCGUGUUGCACCCGUGAAUGGGUACCGCUCGCUGCAGCAAGUGUUAGCGGAGGAUGUGGAAGGUCACAAGGAGCUGCACACACUCGUCUUUAUCAACUUUGGCUCGCUGCUCCCUUUGCCAGAGACGAUCCCACUUCCACCACACUGCACACUGCAUAUUAUUGAUUCGCACCGGCCCUGGAAUCUGAGCAAUUUGUUCGCCACGUCGCAGAUGAACGACCGCAUUCAUGUCUGGGACGACGGCGAAAUUGCGGAGCGGCUUGGACGCGAGCGUGAGGCGUAUGAAAUGCUCGAGUUUGACGUUGAUUCCGGUAGCGAGGAGAGCGACAGCGAUGCUGAUGGAAGCGAUCAUGAUACCCCUGCGUCGCAAAAUGGAAAACGACCGCGCUCCGAGGACGACGGUGCGUCUCCGAAACGAUCGCGCAUGGAUAGCGAACAGCGCCAGUUCUACCGUGCAACACUAGCCAAAUACUAUUCCCGCGGUGCAUGGUCUGGCAUGGGCGCUGCACAACUGAUGUACAUGCUUGCCGUCUCGCUCGGCCGCAGCGACCGUGACAACCUCUGGUAUGCUAUUCUCGGUCUCACUGCCCAAUAUAUCACCAACGCAAUCCACUCUGCGACAUAUGACGGCUAUGCUGCUGCGCUUGCAUCAGACGUGAUUGCCAUGAAUGCAGAUGCCACGUCAGCGGAGACUCGUGGCCUACAGGACGUGAAUUUUCAUGGAGCGGACGACUCCUCCGUCCGUGUUGUCCCUCACGAGCUCCGGUUCACAUUGUACAAACACUGGUCAUUGGAGACAAGUAUGUAUCACACAAGCUACGUUGCGGCCAAACUCGGUAUCUGGCGCGAAAAAGGGAUCAGCAAGUUGCGUGGACUGCUCGCUAAAAUGGGCCUUUCGCUGGCCAACUGCCGACAGAUUUACGCGCACAUGGAUCUCGAUUUGCGGAAGUCGCUAGUGCAGCGCAUGGAGUCCAUUGCUCCGGAAUAUGGCAUGUCGGACAUUGUAUACCGCUCCUUUACGCGCUCGUUUGGUUUUCGAUUCAUGCCGAUCAGUGCGGCCGAUGCCGUGGAAGGUAUUUCGGCGCUUCUCCAAGCCGCACACGGCGUGCGAAUUGAAGUGGAAGGCGUGCAGAUCGUCCGCACAGACACGACGCUUGGCAGCGCUCGUAAUGCCGACACAAAAGCGGAUCGCGGCGCUGCGACGUACGGCGCACGCGAGCUAUGGAAUCUGGAAGAUACGGGCGUGCAUACAAGCAUGCGGGGCAAGGACUUGCACGGGGACACACGGGAUGAUACAGUAUGGGAAAACAACUGCUCGGCAUUGUGGGUACAAAAUUUUUUCGAGGCAUACCGUGCCAUGGACGUACAUAAAACGCAAAACCUCGAGUUGCUGCAUCGCUCGCUGCAGCUCGCCAAGGCUCUUCACCAGGCGAUUGUUGCACAGGGCGUGAGCAUCAUUGUGAAGCAAUCUAUCAAAACAUUACGAUCUUUUCGGCUGACUGUACUCCAAGAAGGGCCCUACCUCAAUCUGUUUGCCCAUUCAGACACGCUGACGCGACUCGGGCUUUGGCUGAUCGACGCGUUGCGCGAUAUUGUGACCGACCAAUCGGAGCGUCGCGCAGCAGCGCGGCGUGCUUCACACCGUAACAAAGGCGAGAGUCUGACCGAGAUUGCGGAGCAGCAGCACGCUCUGCAGAGCCUGCCGUUUGUGCUCGCAGCGCUGGAUGCAUCGCGCGACGUUUUUGUGGUGGUCGGCCUGGUCGGCGCGCCCGAGUACGGCGAUACCAGCCGCAAUCGAUUCGGGCUCGCAUUCCAAGAAGCAUGCACCGCAAGCGGUGCGCGCAUGCGCAACGACCGCUUCGACGCGAGCGUCCUGGAAAUCAAGCGCGAGGACCUCCUCCUGUUCGUAGAAGCGCUCCACUUGAAAGCUUAG